AUGUGGACACUGAACGCCGCAAGGCCAGUGUACCACGCGUCGCUCGCGGCCGCGAGGGUCUCACGACCACGGCCAUUGCAGCGGAUUGCACCGCGGCGGCCGACACUGCCGUUUGCUCCGCUGAGCGUUGGCGUGUUUUCGACGUCGGCCUUCCGAUCAGUCCCCUCAAAGGCUGCAGCGAAGAAUAACCACGGCUCGCAGAACAACAACAACAACGGCUCCCAAAACAAUAACAACAAAUCUCAGUCAUCCCAGCCCUCCACUCUCAACACCGACGUUGCUUCCAAGGCUGUCCCGGAAAAGAAGCAGGCUCUCACCGACUGGACGAUUCUGAAGCAGCUCGCGAGCAAUGUAUGGCCAAAGGACAAGCCUGGCGUCAAGGCGCGCGUCGUGCUUGCGCUCUCGUUGCUCGUGGCCGGCAAGGUGCUCAAUGUCCAGGUGCCCUUCUUCUUCAAGAAUAUCAUCGACUCGCUCAACAUUCCGCUCCAGGACAACAUGACUGUCUGGGCCAUUGCUGGUGCCUCGAUUGCCGGCUAUGGCCUCGCGCGCAUCUUUUCCACCGUCUUUGGAGAGAUGCGCAACGCCGUCUUUGCGACUGUUGCCCAGGGCACGAUUCGCAAGGUUGCCCGCGAAACGUUUGGCCACUUGCUCAACAUGGACAUGCGCUUCCAUCUCGAGCGCCAGACGGGCGGUCUCACGCGCGCAAUUGACCGCGGUACCAAGGGUAUCUCGUUCAUCCUGUCCUCGAUUGUGUUUCACGUCAUCCCCACGGCGCUCGAGAUUUCCAUGGUCUGUGGCAUUCUCAGCUACAAGUUUGGCUGGGACUUUGCCGCCGUCACGGCGCUGACCAUGCUGGCGUACACUUGGUUCACGGUUAAGACGACGGCGUGGCGAACCCAGUUCCGAAAGCAGGCAAACGCGGCCGACAACAAGGGUGCGACGGUAGCUGUCGACUCGCUCAUCAACUUUGAGGCCGUCAAGGAGUUCAACAAUGAAAAGUACGAGGUCAAGCAGUAUGACGCGACACUCAAGACGUAUGAGCAGUCGUCGAUCAAGAUUGCGACGUCGCUCGCCUUCCUCAACUCGGGCCAAAACGUCAUCUUCUCAUCGGCGCUGACCAUGAUGAUGCUGCUCGGCGCCAACGGCGUGUUCAAGGGCACCAUGACUGUCGGUGACCUCGUGCUCGUCAACCAGCUCGUGUUCCAGCUGUCGCUCCCACUCAACUUCCUCGGAACGGUCUACCGCGAGCUCCGUCAGUCGCUCAUUGACAUGGAGGUUAUGUUCAACCUGCAAAACGUCAAGCCUGCCAUUUCGGACAAGCCCGGUGCUCCGCCACUUGCCCUUCGUCACCCCGGCGGCGAGAUCAAGUUUGACAAUGUCACAUUCGGCUACCACCCCGACCGGCCGAUUCUGAAGAAUCUGUCGCUAACCAUUCCCGCUGGCAAGAAGGUUGCGCUAGUCGGCCCGUCGGGCUGUGGCAAGUCGACCGUGUUCCGCCUCUUGUUCCGCUUUUACGACGCCCAGUCUGGCCGAAUCUUCAUCGACGGGCAGGAUAUUACCGACGUUGCUCUCGAGAGUUUGCGCAAGCAAAUUGGUGUCGUGCCGCAAGACACGCCCCUGUUCCACAAGGACAUCUAUUACAAUAUCCACUAUGGCAACCUGGACGCUUCCGAGGAGCAGGUCAAGGCUGCCGCGUCCAAGGCGCAGCUCGAUAAGACGAUUGCGCGCCUCCCCGACGGAUGGCACACCAAGGUUGGCGAGCGCGGCCUCAUGAUCUCGGGCGGCGAGAAGCAGCGUGUCGCUGUCGCGCGUCUUCUGCUCAAGGACACGCCCAUCAACUUCUUUGACGAAGCCACGUCGGCGCUCGACGUCUACACCGAGACGGAGCUGAUGCGCAACAUUAACAGCACGCUGGUCGACGGCACCAAGACGAGCGUGUUCAUUGCGCACCGCCUGCGGACAAUCAGUGACGCGGAUCUCAUCAUUGUACUUGAGGAUGGCCACGUUGCCGAGCAGGGCACGCACGAGGAGCUUUUGCGCAACAUUGGCGGCGUCUACUACCGCCUGUGGAACGCGCAGCUGACCGAGGGCAUCGAGGAGGAGGUUGUGGAGGCGGCAGUCGAGGCGGAGAAGCAGGUCAAGGGAGACAUCUUGGGCAAGAAGUAG